AUGCAGUUUUGUAAAGAUAUCCUUGGUGCAGUUGUCAAACAGCAGUCCCUUCCUUUCUGGCUUCUUGUAUUUGAUGUGGCCUCCAUUUCAAUGAUCAACUUUGUACUUGCUUGUUUCACACCCGAUUUGUACAUUGUAUUAAAGAAGUGGUGAUCUGCAAUGCAUUGUAUCCAUAGCUUAUCACAUUACAUGUAUUGAUGGCUUUCUUAGUCAUAUUGAACGAAUGGUAGUGGCUUGUUAAGAUUAUCCAAUUUUAUGGUUGUACCUUUUUGUCCCCUUAGAUUGAGCAAACAGAGAAGGUCAAACACAAAGUUCGCAUCCAGAAAAAGAAUGGCAGAUAUUACUUUCAACAUCCAUAUGCAAGACUGUUUGUGGCCUAUUUCGUUAUUUUCUGCAACUUUUUAAUCUAUGCAGAAGAUCCUGUGUCACACAGUAGAGCCAACUGCACUAUUCCUGUGGUAGGGAAUGACUUUGCCUUUGUUACUUACAGGUAAUGCUACUAAAAGUAACAAUAAUGUAAGCUAGGCUUCUGUCAUUGCUGUGUCCUGUACAGUGUGGUUGAAUCUGUUACAUUGGUACAUCAACCUCUCAAAAAUUACCACUGUCAGUUAUUAAGGUGCACUUUUAUUGUCACUCAAAAAUACCUGUGUGUAUUAAAUUCUCUUUGCCUUAAAAGCUAAGGAGUUACCUGUUCCCUUACCUGUUCCUGAUAGAUGUGAUCUGAUUCUUGUAAGCUAUCACCUCCCCUGAGCAAACAAGCAGACCUUAGAUGGCUGUUUAUGGUGGAGAUUCUUAAGGGUGGGGGUGUUGGGGUGGGGGUAAGGCCUGCAUAGCAGCCUUUAAAGGAGAGGGGGUAGUGUAAGAAGGAGAAGAAGGGAAUGCCUGCUACAAAAGCCACGUCUUAACCCAGCUGUCACUUCAACGACCAAUCAGAAUCAGGCGCACGCUUUUCUGCAUGACUGACUUCACGCAGGAAUGUAUCGCCAAAGGCGGUUUCGUAGCUUUAGAGCAUGAGAAAAUCUUCGCAACAGAAUUUCGGCGCCGCAACUCACACAAAAAUUUGUAAAAGGGGACGGAAACCAAAUGUUAACGUUUAAAAAAAUAGCAGUUGAAGAGUUUGUGGAGUUAACUUUACUUCUGGGGGAGGACGAGCCUCGUUUGAAAAUUAAUUUUCGCCAUCGGGUAGAGUUGAAAGUGCGGGGCUGAUUUUAGCUCAUUGUUGUGGCUCUGUUGGGUUGCGAUUGACCAGAAACAAAAAAUUGUCAGAACAGGUCGCAGACCUUGUGCUCCCAAAUUAGAAACACAGCUCAACUGUACAGUUUCAUCGAGAAAGCUGUAAGCAACACUAUUGUCCAGGAAGAUUUACAUUGAGAAGCUGUGGAAGGUCGAAGCAAAAGACAGCUUCCCACCACUAUCACGCCAGAAAGAAGCGAUGUAAGAAAGAAACGUCUCGAAUCUGACGUUGAAAAGCUGAAAGAGAAAAAUCCUGGAAAGGUUAAUUCUAGAAAGACCUUGUUUGCAGAAAGCUCGACGGUGAGUGACUCAUCCGACGCAGAAUCGGGAAUUGCUGAUAUUGAAACAUUUUAGAUGCAGACGCCGGAGCAAGUAACAUGGACACUUGCUGGACAAGAUCGCUUGCUGAUGUUUUGCUGAAUUAUUGUAGUAUAGAAGAUAUUAUGCAAAAACCAAGCACUCAGCUUAAGGCACCGGCAAUGAUUUUGAAUCCUAACGGAGAAGUCAUCGUUCCAAAAAUGGUUGAUAACAUGAUGCAGGCUAACUGAAAUAGCCAGUUUGGUUUGCUGAACAAGCUUGUUCUAUCGUCUGAUCAACCAAUCAGAAUUUGCGGACACCAGCGUCCACAGAGGUGUACAAAACGGGUUUAUUAUAGAAGGCGUUCCCUUCCUUCUCUCCCCAAUCCCCUCUCCUUCUUUUCUUCCUUACCCUCCCCCCCCCCCCCUUUAACACCUGCUACGCAGGCUAGGUGGGGGUCGGGGCGGAGGUAUACAGGCUAUACAGGUAUAAUACAUUAUUAAUAAGAAAGUGGAGGGUCUCCAACCAAUGGAUUAAACAUAUGGUGAUGAAGAUGGUGGACUGCAGAAAAGCGGCCUGUAAGCAAAGGGAUAUCAGCUUCCUAAGAUAAGCUUAGUGUUGAAAAAACCAGGAAGACAAAUUAUACCAAUUUAUACAAUACAUGUACUUGGGACAAACAACUGACAUGCAUACAAAAUGAACAACACACAUUAGACCAAUGCAUGAAAAAAAAAAAAUGCAUGAAAACUUUGUUUGAAUAGUUUGUUUGUUACUGGCUACUUGUUACGUUACCUGUUGUUCUUUAGUUUGUUUGUUUGUUCAUUACUUUCUGAUUGCUGACCAGCUAAAGGUGAGACGUCUGUUGUGUACAGUUUAAUUUCAGUGCUCUUUUGUUUUCUAUAGGUACCCACCUGGAGGAUGGUCUGUCUUAAAAGUGUUAAUGUGGCUUGCAGCAAUAGUUGUUGGCUUACUGGUGGGAAAGUUUUUCUUUCACAAACUUGUUUUCAACCGUUGGCUGAAACUGACAAUGUUCAAACGAGAUAGUGGCACAUGGAUGGUGAUGUUUUUAAGCACAUUGUUGUCACUGUUCAUUUUCUCGUUCAUCUAUAAUGGGUUUUUGAGAGCUGGAGGAGAUGAACUUUCUCUUUAUAAAAUCACCACCUAUCUUGGCAUCCAGAAUGACAACUUCAUGAAGGCAGCAGGCUUGGGAACAUGGAUGGGUGAUUUUGUGACAGCUUGGAUGGUUACAGAUAUGAUGCUUCAGGUACAAGAUUUAGAUUGAUAUCUGUAAUACCGUAAAAAUUAAUUCCGAAAAUAAGCCCCAGGGCUUAUAUUUUUCAAAGGCCCUUUUUGAGGGGCUUAUUUUUGGAGGGGUUUAUCUGCGGACGGAAAUUUGCAUUUCAAAACCAAUUGGGCUAGCCUUAUGGUUGGAAGUACAUUUACCAUUUUUGCUUUGUUUUACUUUGUAUUUGAGGGCAAUUCUCCAAGUACAAGCCCCCGGGGGGCUUAUAUUUGGAGGGGCGAUUUAACGGAGGGUCUUUUGCGUUACCGGGUUUGGGGGGCUUAUAUUUGGAGGGCCUUAUACAUGGAGGGGCUUAUUUUGGGAAUUUUACAUGGGUUAAUUUUACAUGGGUUAAUUCUGAAAAUAAGCCCCAGGGCUUAUAUUUUUCAAAGGCCCUUUUUGAGGGGCUUAUUUUUGGAGGGGUUUAUCUGCGGACGGAAAUUUGCAUUUCAGAACCAAUUGGGCUAGCCUUAUGGUUGGAAGUACAUUUACCGUUUUUGCUUUGUUUUACUUUGUAUUUGAGGGCAAUUCUCCAAGUACAAGCCCCUGGGGGGCUUAUAUUUGGAGGGGUGAUUUAACGGAGGGUCUUUUGCGUUACCGGGUUUGGGGGGCUUAUAUUUGGAGGGCCUUAUACAUGGAGGGGCUUAUUUUGGGAAUUUUACAGUAAAUGAUUUAAAUAUCAUCUCAAAUAAAAGGGAUGUGUGUGUUAAGUAUCCCAAAUGGCUCUAGGCAAACCAGUUGGUUAUUUACAAGUGUGACUGAGGAAUUAAACUCAGGACUAUUGAGAACAAAUCCAGCUGGAAGUUAAGGCAAGGAUUGGACUUGGGGCCUCCAGAUUGAAAUAGCCCACCUUCCCCCCCCUCCCCCUCCCCCCCCCCAAAAGAAAAAAAAAAGGAAGCACUACUCACCCCUUAGGCAAGCUAAGAACAGAAUUCACUAGUCCAAUUGCAAAAUCCUCCAGCCCCAGGCUAUUAGAAACAGCUUUCUUUGCGUGCUGGACAGAGUACACAUGUAACCUGUAACCUGUAAAUUAAAGUACUAAGUACAGUACUUACCUGUUGAGUUAAUAUUACCCCGCCGGAUUGGAUGCUUGUACAUUACAGAGUUACCCACAGCUUUACAUUUAUUUCACCUUCAGACAGCUACAUGUAUUUAACUUACCUGAUUGGAGGAAGCGUUUACAGUCUCUUGAAAAUUUUUUGUGUAAUGAAAUGACAUGAUACCUCACCCACAUUUUUUCUUUACUUUUCACUGGAUGGAGACAACGUGCAACUUUGUUUCUUGAGUAAAGAAACAAACAGUGCAGUGUUCAAUUUGCUAAAGAUUCCAUUGGAAGGCCAAACUUUUAACUUGGUGCUUGAAACUUUUCAGGACAAACUUUAUCCACACUGGAAUGUUUGGUUGAGAAAAAUUUGGAAAACUGGCUGGACUCGUAUCUAUAUGUUCUGGAUUGUGUUGAUUGUUGCUACUGCUAUUGUUGCCACUGGAAUCAUUACUGAUUUUGUCAGAUGGGAUACUCUGAACAGGGAUUUUGUUUCCACCAAUGAAUUAUCUCGAGCCUUCUUGGCGUCAUUCAUUCUUGUUAUGGAUUUGCUGAUUGUGAUGCAGGUAUGUUAAUAUAAGGUGACAUAAUUAUAUAUAUAUGCAUACACUAAAGACGAAUUUGUGAGGUACUUUUAUGUCAGAUUCCAGUAUGUCACCCUAGAGGUUGAACAACGUCAGGUGGUUUCUGCCUUAAAUACAUGGUGUUUGUCUCAAUGGCCUAAGACACAAACUAUUUAACAUAAAUUUUUUUUAUCAGGAAAAUAACACUGCACCUUUUCUUGAGACCGCAGAGUGCUGUGGCAUAAGGCUAAAGAAAAGUCCUGCCCAGUUUUCCAAGACAAAUAAAAUUCCAAGUAUUAAUGUGAUAGCUGCUUGUUGAAUGGAGAAGCUAAAAUUAUGGUUUUCUUUUUUUUAGCCAUGGUAUUUAUUUAUGCCGUGUUAAAGGCAAUUGAAGAUCAUAACUGUUGUUGAACAAGGGUUAAACUUGAUGAGCAAUAGUUCACCAUCAAACUGUUACUUGCAAGUGUUUAACAUGUUUAUCAGUUAAUUAUUCAGCAUUUACCAAGCAACAGUUGAUGCUGUUUACUACUAAAGAUACAAAAAUAAAUGUACAUGUAGAAGGGUACACUAUCUUGGCAGACAGAUGUCCACUCAUGAUGUCCACUCUUUUCUUGAGUUUUUAGAAUAAAAUGUACACCAUUGCGUAUGUAUUGAUUUAGCUGCAAAUGUACCUAACACAGGUUCUUUAUGGUGAUUGUAAAGAAUUCUAAAAGAAGAGCAGAAAGAUAAAAAAGAAAGAUUCACCUUAGAGUUUGGUUUACAGAUGUACAUUUAAAGGUGUCUGCUUUACAGAAAGAUGAGUUAGUCCAUCAAAGUGGUGCCUAAGAAAUUCGAAGAUCUUAUCUUUAUAGAAUAGACAGUGUUCAUCUUAGAGAGAUGUUGUUUUUAGAGGAUAGUCAGCAUGAGAACAGAAACAACCUUCAGAAACAUCCCAUAAUAUGUACCUUCAAAUGACAGAGUCUACAACCUUGAAAUUUGAUGGAAAUAGGGCAAUAUCAACAGAGAGGUGUGUUAGUUCUCAGAAAGGUGACCACGACUUUGGAGAGUUUUUACUCAUAGCCUUAGUCUCCUUGUCUAACUUUGUCCAUCUAAGGAAGGCACAAACUAUAUCGACAUCAAAAGUACAGUACAGUGUAGCCUCACCAUGGAAUUCUGUCAGUAGCUAGCAAUGGCACCCUCGAGCUGUACUGUACAUACUUAGAGAGAUGUACAUCUUAGAGAGAUGACUACCUUUAGUCGGUAGGGUAGCAGUUAAAAGUGGUUAUGGUUUUCAGUGAGGUGCCUUUUCGUGUGGUAUCAGAGUUGAGAGGGUUUACCUUUGAGGAGAGUCAGUCUUGCAUGUAGACUCUAGAAACAUGUCCACCUCAGUGUCUACGCAAGACGAAUCCACCUUAGCUAGGUGUGCAGCUCAGGGAGUUGUAGGGACUUGUUGAUUAAGAGUGGCUGUGUUGUUCUUCACGCAGGACUGGGAAUUCCCUAACUUCCAAGGCAACAUGGAUAUUAAACUUCCGGGAGUCGACACCGCCUCUUUCUACUUCCGGUUGCCUCGCUUCUGUAAGAAGGAGAACUGGCACGUUCACAUUACAGGCAAAUGGUUCAACUAUGGAAUCAUAAUGCUGGUUAUAAUUCUUGACCUGAACAUGUGGAAAAACCAGAUUUUUUACGAUCCUUUCACGUUUGGUCAGUACACCGAUUCCGAAGGUUACAUCUACUCUGUUCAGGAUCAAAGCUUUUUGAACACUGCAAACCAAACCAUGCUGUCUUAUGACUGGAGGUCACAGAAUAUCAACCCGACCACCAACAAAAGCUACUUCAAAACCGAUCCGCGUAUGAACUCAAAAUACCUCAACUUCGCUCUUGCUUUGAAAGGUAUCGCCUUUAUUCCCUCCAUAGUCGCGUUCCUAACCUUCGGCACUCUUAUCUGGCGUUAUGGAAGAGAGGAGUUUGUUGUCGAAAAAGUAAUCGAUAAUGUCCACAAUAUUGAGGGCACCGACGGGAUUGUGAUUGAAGAUGUUGAAAUUCAUGAGAAAGUAGAGAAAGAGUCCGCACAGCAAAAUGAUGAAGUCACAUCUGGAACAGUUUCCCAGCAAAACAAAGGACGUCCGACAUCUGAGCUACCUUCAGAUCAAGACGACGGAACACCUGUUCUUAAGAGCGUUCAAAUGGUUUCUAACAUGUAG